AUGGCGCUGCGAGAAGCUGCCGACCGUCCACGAUGGUUAUGGCUGACGAUCGUGCUGUCCUCGGCGGUCCACGUCAGCGCCGUGCCAAGCGCUAACGAAAGCGCCAGCGUUCAGAGCGAUUCUCCAGCGCCGCGGGUCCACGUGGAGGGCAGAGUGGCGGAGUUCGAGGGCGCUCUCAACUACCACGUGCCCUCGCUUUACAGGAACCACCCUGAGCGAUCCGCCCUGAAAAUUCACCCGCUUGACUUCCCCCUGGACCUCACUCAUCUACCCAACAUAAUGAUGGGUUACUUCGAACACCUACCCCGCCACCCUCCGCCCUCGGACCCCAGGAGCCCUCUCCUUCUCGCCUGCCACGGCCCGCCCUGCCCCUCCUUUGGCGCCUGCUCGGCGCGCUUCCCCAACGUGCAGGCCUGCUGGAACCCCCACCUGGUUGAUGAACCUGAGGACACACCCAUUCCCCCUAUAAACUGCCCCUUUAAGGGCACCAGUGGCGGGGAGAGUGGGAGAGGGGAGUUUGACCCGGAGUGCUCCCAUCGGGAGGACUUCACAUCGCACGGGGGGUCGGCGCUGCAGGUGAUGCGGCUGGAGGAUGUGUUUGUGACGGACAAUGGAUUCGCUGUCAACCAAUCCCAUGUGUUCGUGCGCAACGGGUGCCGACGGUUCUGGAGAAAGACCAGGUACAAGCAAGGGCACAUGGCGCAGCACGUGCAGGGAGCGGCGUUCAACUGGGCGCACCUGAUGGGCAAGAACUUCUUCCACUUUACUGUCGAGCUCGUCCCGCUCUUCCUCGUCGUCGCUCCCCUCAUGCCCACGCUCAGAACGCUGCCGAUAAUCCUCAGGAAACCCCAGUGGCUGUACUACGACAAGUGGGCGGCACCUCUAAUGGGAAUAGAGCGAGACACCAUGCGCAUGCUGCCCAUCUAUUUCAAUGACCUCAUUCAUGUCGACGUGCUUUACCAGCCCAUAUACCAAGACUGCGACCGUCCCAGCCCGUCGCUCUGGCAACUCCUGCGCAGGCGCCACCUCCUCCACCCCUCUGGCCUCCCUCUCUUCAACCGUGACUGGACCUACCGUCAACAUUAUGCCCCCCUCUCUGCCUCUGAGGCGCGCGCCUUCCCACCCGACUGGCUGGUGGUGCUGGCGAGUCGGCCGGAGGGCGGGGCGAGGGCGCUGGUGAAUAAAGGCGAGGUGGAGGCCAUGCUGGUGCAGCGGUUUGGGCGAGAGAGGGUGGUGGUGUUUGACGGCUCGAUGCCCAUUCUGCAAGCCCGGUCGUUGUUCCAUCAGACCCGCUUCCUCCUGGGGGUGCACGGAGCAGCGCUCACCAACACCAUAUUCAUGCCCGAGGGGGCCGCGCUGCUCGAGAUGCGCCCGAGGGACUGUCACAUCACCGUCUUCCACCCACUUGCUGCCGCCUGUUCUAUCGCAUACCACCUGCUGCUUGCUCAGGGGAAUUGCUCUUCUCCUGCGGUGGUGGAUUUGCCUAGUGUGGCUCGGGUGAUUGAUAUGGUUCAUACGCGCUUACAAAGGGGGGAUGAGGGGGUUUUGUUGGAUAUGAAUGAUGCAGUAAGUCAUAAUGAAAAUACUGCAACAAGAAAAUGA